AUGUCGGUCGCUUCAAGAACAAGAAGCAGGAAGGGGAAAGCGCCGUGUGGUGAUAGCAGCAAGAAAAGGAAGAAGACACUGGCGGUGGAGGAGGUGCGGUUAGCGGCAACAAAUAUGGCAACGCCGCAGUCUUCCGUCAAUGUUAAAGUGUCUUUGGCUUCUCAAAAGGGCACGGCUCAAGUUCAAACCUUGAGAGAAGAAUUCGACGGUGAGUUACGCGGAAAAGAUGGAAACGACCCUGACCCUUACAUUAUUUGUCUGGGUAGUAGUGACGAUGAUGGUGAUGACGAUGAAGAUGAAGACAGUGAGGAUGAUGAGGCUCUCACCUCUACAAGCGGAGAGGAUAAUUCUGACUCAAGCGAUUUGGAUUAUAGGGAGGAGGAAGGGGAGGGAGAGGAUCCUCAAUCCUCUUCCAGUUCGGAAGAUGAAGUCGAAGAGACGCCAAGCCACGGCAUUGCCAAAAGAAAGGCUACUGAGGUUGAGUUCCUUGGGGAGAAUGGUUCCACUGUCGAUGAAGUCGAAGAGACGCCAAGCCAUGACAUUGCCAAAAGAAAGGCUACUGAGGUUGAGUUCCUUGGGGAGAAUGGUUCCACUGUCGAUGAAGUUGUAAUGAAGCCUAAGAGUAAAAGGAGACGGUCCGCCUCUGCCAAGUCCGGCCAAGUUCACCUUCUUAGUGUUUUUGUGGAUUCUAUUUUGGACAACCAAGACUCGGAUUCUAGUACACAGGGAGAGGACCCCAUUCUCCAACAAGAAACCUACGAAAACCCUUUGCCUCUCAAGUUCACUUUUGGAGUUGAGGACUCAAUUGUUCCGGACAAAACUGAAUUUGAGAACGAAAUGAAUUCACUCUGGUCUGAGAUGGAGAUUUCUCUUAUGUCUGAUCCAACUUCGACCCUGCCAUCCCCGUUGGAAAAUGAAGAUGCUGAUGUAUCUGAGUUUGAACAUGACACAACAACCCAUUCCCUAUGUCUUCAAGGGAAGCAUCAUCUUGUGUUAGACGAAGAGAUUGGAAUGAAAUGCAAAUUUUGUUCUUUCCUGCUGCUGGAGAUCAAAGAUAUCUCACCGCCUUUUAUGACUGAUCGUUUUGGAAAAUAUGAGAGGCAAUUCUCUGGCAUUGUAGAUUAUUCUAUGUUUGAUGACCUUCACUGUGAAGACUCUAACAAUGAUAUGUCUGGUUUUGAUCACUCUGCUGAAAUCGAAGGCACAGUGUGGGAAAUCAUUCCUAACUUAAAAACUAAACUCUACCCCCAUCAGCAUGAAGGUUUUGAAUUUAUUUGGAAUAACAUAGCUGGAGGGAUUUAUCGUGACAAGUCAAAAAACUCAUCCAAAGGUUGUGGUGGAUGCAUUAUAUCUCAUGCUCCCGGGACGGGGAAAACGCUUCUAACUAUUGUCUUUCUUCAGACGUACUUAAAUGAAUAUCCGAGUUGCAGGCCAGUGAUUGUUGCUCCUCGCAGUAUGCUACUCACAUGGGAAGCUGAGUUUAGAAAGUGGAAGGUUGACAUUCCCUUUCACAAUCUCAACACUCUGGAUUUUUCUGGCAAGGAAAAACCGAAGGCAAUUGGUCUUUAUGAAAAAUUCAAGCUGAAAGUUCCAUGUCAAGAUAGAGCUCUUGCCCGACGUCUGGUUAAGUUGCUUUCCUGGAAAUCUGAUAGAGGCAUUUUGGGAAUCAGUUACAAACUUUUUGUGCAACUUGCUGUAGUAGAUAAUGAGGAGAAGCACAAGUGUACAACAUUAAAUAAGGAUGUAAGUAAAAUCCUUCUUGAGCUUCCUGGCCUUUUUGUUCUAGAUGAAGGGCACACACCUAGAAAUGAUGAUACGCUUAUAUGGAAGGCUUUAUCAAGAAUCAAAACAGAACGUCGUAUCAUACUCUCAGGAACUCCUUUCCAAAAUAAUUUUGAUGAGCUCUUCAACACUCUCUACUUAGUGAGACCGAAAUUUGCUGAAGGAAUCCAGUCUAGACAUCGAGUAGAGGUUAAUAAUAAGUGUAGUGAUGAAGGAAAAGAAGCAAAAAGGAAAUGGGCCUAUUUGACUGGUUCCAUUGGCAAAGAUGAUAUAUAUGAAGCUGAAAAAUUGAGAGAGCUUAAAGCUGUGAUUAAGCCCUUUGUGCAUGUACAUAAUGGUAGAAUUCUACAAACUACCCUUCCUGGUUUGAGGCAUUCUGUGGUUGUUUUACGGCCCUCUGAUCUGCAGAGUAGAAUCCUCGAGCGUGUUAAAGAAACAAAAAAUGCAUUAUUGCGGGACUAUUAUGUGUCCUUGAUCUCCACCCACCCUUCUUUGUUGCAGCAGUUAUCCAACAAGGAAGAUAUUAAGGAAAAAGUCAGCUCCAUUGUUAGUAUGGAUAUGCUAGAAAGGAUAAGACUGAAACCCGAUAAAGGAGUUAAAACGAAAUUCCUCAUGGAACUUCUUAAGCUUAGCGGGGCUCUGGGUGAAAAGGUCUUAGUUUUCAGUCAAUACCUUGAACCAUUAAACCUAAUAGUGGACCAGAUAAAAGAUUUUUUCAAAUGGAAGGAAAUGGAGGAGAUAUUGUACAUGGAUGGGCAAUGUGAGAUGAAGCAGCGUCAAAGGGUAAUUAAUGUUUUCAAUGAUCCCACGAGCAAAGCAAGGGUGUUGCUUGCAUCAACAAAGGCUUGCUCGGAAGGUAUAAAUCUUGUUGGUGGUUCUAGAGUGGUUUUGCUUGAUGUGACAUGGAACCCCUCUGUGGAAAGACAAGCUAUAUGCCGUGCAUACAGGCUUGGACAGCAAAGAAUGGUAUACACUUACCACGUUAUCUCAUCUGGGACGAUGGAGGGGUUUAAAUGCUAUCGACAAGCUGAGAAGGACCGGUUAUCAGAGCUAUUAUUCUCUGCUUCUCACAGAAGGGAUGAUCAUCACAAGAAAGGAUUUAAUUGCCCAGAGGAUAAGAUCUUGGAAGCGAUGGUAGGGCAAGAGCAAUUCACUUCAAUGAUUGAAAAGAUAAUAAAUGAGCCCAAAGAUUCCGACUUGAUUGUAACUUAUGGAGGUCUGUAACAGGUUUAUAUCCAUGUAGAAAUUGGACUCAAGGAAUGCCAAGUUUAGAAGCUGACAGUGUUUGCUUUUUGUUCGGU